GUUCUGAUCACGCAAUUGGCUGCUGUAAAUUGCCCGCAACAGAAGCUUUGUCCCUCAUCAUGAACUUCAACCUCUCAAUAGCACGCCAGUUUUAAAAAUGACCGAAAGCAACAGUCUGCGACCAAUUUUAGAUCAUAUUGUGGUCUUGGUGUCCAACCAGACGCUGCAAGAACUCCCAAAGCGCCUCGAGAGUGCCCUCACCGUAAUUGAUGGCGGGGCCCACGCAGACGGCCGGACAGUCAACAAACUGAUCGAAUUUUCUGAUGGAGUCUACAUCGAGCUCAUUGCCUUUCAAGAUGGCUUGGAUCCAGAAAAGCGAAAGACGCAUAGAUGGGGAGAGCUGGAAGAGAACACUCUCGUCGACUGGGCUUAUACACUCCCUGAUGAAAAGGACUUUGCAGUGAUCCAACAGCGGGUCAAGGAAGCUAACUCUAAGAUUAUUUACCACGAUCCAAUCGCUGGCGGUCGUAUCAGACCAGAUGGAGUUGAGCUAAAGUGGUCCGUUGCUUCUGCCUACACCACUUCCGGCAAGGCUGUGCAUACAGGGAAAGCACCAUUUUGGUGUCUCGACCGCACUCCGAGACACUUACGAGUUCCCUACAAAGAAGACGAUGGAUCAGACCCUUCCUACACGAAGCAUCCUUCUGGUGCGAUUGGAGUCUCGGGAGUUUCGAUCUCAGUGCCCAAGGAGGAACAUGAUGCCAUUGCUGGGGUUUACGACGGAAUUCAUGGAUCCAUUACUGAGGAGGGCAAAUGGCCUUUCGUUGUUCACUCUGGUUCUACGAAGGGGAAGCAAGAGAUUACCCUGGAAAGCAGCCAAAAUCAGGAGAGGCAUAUCCAUCUCACCCUUCUUGGUGAUGAGGGCAGCCCUGAAAGCAUUGAGAUUCUGCCUGGUUUGAAGUUUAGCUUCGAGUCCUAAUGGGUUGAGUAGGGAGACUAAGGAGCUUCUGUAAAUAUCUAAACCAGAUUUUCGGGGUACUUAGAUACAGACAUACAAUCUUUCACAAAGAACAGGGGCCUCACAUACAACACAGUAUUUCAUAUCGCUAAACACAUGCUGCAUUUGUCAAGAAUUGUGUUACUUUGCGAAUUUCUAUACUGUGUAUAAGCUAUCUCAGAAGCUUCAGAAUACAAGUCAUGCCGAAGUCGGACCCCAAUUUAUGACAGGCUGGCACUUCACGUCAUGGCUUUGGCUUUGAGGUCCUUACGGGAAGGAUUGGUGCCCUUAGAGUCUACUUGCGAACCAUCAGGUUGACAGAUCGCCGAGUAUCUGCCAUUUCAGCUGCCAAGAAUGAAUCAAAUUUGGAUACUUG